AUGACCACUAUUUACAGUGUGACCUGUGUAUCUCAAAACUGUGCAAUUCCGACUGACGUCUGUCCUCUUUCGCUAUCGCUGGAUGUUCCUGUAUUAGCAGAGGAAACUUCAAAAUAUCCUGUGGCUACGCAGUCGUUAACAUUCGAUGAUUAUGAUGAAGACGCUUCAAAUGUAUUUCGUUACUCGCCCACUUCGGUACGGACCUUGGCCAAGGAAUCAUCUCCUGGUUCUAGUGAGCUUCUGUCAAUGCCGAGUGAGAAAAGCAACUCCAGGGGUUGCUCGGGUGACAGUUCAACAGGUUGGUUGGUUCCAUCCGAAGUGACUGAAAUUGAACAUUCAGCAAGCGAAAGUUCCCUCUCACCUUGCUUCCAGCUAAACGAUUAUAACAAUGAGAUGACGAGUCCUGUGUCUGUUCACUUAAAGGAUUGUGUACCCUGUACAUACAGCCAAACCAGUUCUGCUCAUCUAGAUGUGAUGAACGCCUGUUGUCCAGUGGUUUCGACUCAGCACACUACUUCAUCACAAUCCACAUUCAGUUCUUCCAUGUCUUCCAUAAAACCAGCAUCAAGUGCAUUUAUCCCUCCGUAUUCUUCUACUCCAAUUCAUGACCGACCUUUCCCUGGGUAUUCCGUUAGAGGAUGCUCAUAUUCGCAUUCAUUCAGAACUGUGAUCCCGAAACCAGUUCCGGAUCCUAGUUUAGACUUGCCUAUACAACCAAGUGUGCAAAACGGCCCCCUUCUGAUCGACUCUGACUUUCGCUCCCAUUCAGUAUUUCCCUCGCACAACACCACUGGUGUCUCUUCCUCUCACUUUAUGCCGAGCACAAGUCUCCCACUACACAGCCCUAUUUUCCCUUGCGUCAUGCAGCGCCCCCAAUAUUCAUCAAAACACGGUGAGGCUAGCUCUAUCGCAGUCGCCCUGCCGACGACAAUGUCCACUUCAUGUUUGUUGAAUUUACCACUAGCUUCGUCUUCUGCCUUCAGGGAGAGAUCAACGACGCAAUCUGUGUCCAACUCUCUCCCCCUUUCUCGACGUGUUCACUGGCAACUGGAUGCAUCUUUGAAGCCUCAACGCGAUUCGUCUGUUACUUGCGACCGAUUCGCUCACUCUUCCGCCUUAUCUGAUAGAUCUCCACAUCUUGAUUCAAAUCGGCCGUUCUCAGAAAAUGUUCGACAGACACCAACUGUAAUGAUCAAUUCUGUUGAAAGUACACGUUACUUUUCUCCAAGAGAAACACGAAAGUCGAUGGUUGCUUCACUUUUACGCACCACCACCUCCCGUUCAUCACAUUCGCGUGAAACAAUUUCUAAUGGAGAGUACAUCUUAUCAUCUACCUGUGCCAAUUCAUCGUUGCUUUUGUCGGACAGUCUCUCCAUACAACAGCCAAUUUUCGAUAGUAGCAUUCCGACUUACGCUUUACAAGAGACAGUCGAUCACACUAAGCGUAGUAUGCAGUUCACUUCAUCUUCACGAAACGCCAAGAAGCGGCGGCUAGUUGACAGGGCAGUGACAUCAAUCUCUUCUAUUCCUUCUUUUCGUACGUUUGACAGUCGAUUUUGGUCUAUAGGUCCCCACCAAUACAUACAUGAUCCCGUUAUCUCACUCCCGGCGACAUUGAAUCCACCAGUACCCACUCCCAUACACGAUCGGCACUGUCCAAAGCUCGAAGACGGGACACCAGUCACUUCAAAUGAAUGUUCGGUAACUUCACCUACUGGUAUACGAAAUAACAAAUAUUUUACUUUCCCUAUGUUCCCUAGUCGAUCUCAGAACUUUCCUACCACUGAACCUCAAAUGGAGGAUUUUCUCGCUGGUCGAACUCAUGACCGAACUCUGUUCCACAAAUUAAUUCAGGAGAACCUGUUUUUCAUAUGUUUACGGAAAGCGUCUUUCCGAAGUAGUCAGUCAUGCAUUUCUUCCUGUCCUCCCACACCACCUGCUGGUGCUAUAUUGGCUGACAAACUGCUAGAACGCCUUGGUGAUUUUCGGGAUUGUGGUCGUACAACUCCGCCUCUAAACCUGAUGCAUAAGUGCAUAGUGUCAUCAAAGGGUCACGGAUCAACUAAAAAUACAGGUAUUACGAAAUCCGUGGUCGCCCCUGAGUGGUUUAUUGCUGAAAACCUUUUUUGUGCAUAUUGUGCGUUACAACUAGUCACCAAUGAUCAUGUGCUCAGUCUGAAAGCGCCGGAUGGGGAUGGGCGCAUAUCAUUCUGUAGCUUUCUUUGUUUGACGGCGUAUCAUAAUUCAGGUGCUCUGAAGGAGAUGAAAAUCAACGGCGUGUCUCACUCGUCCCCUGUACUUGGCGUCAAAUCUCUCCUGUCAGAUUUACGACCGUCCUUGGUCAUUCUGUUGCAGCAGCAUGCUAACAUAAAAUGGCUCAAAAAAACAGGGAAACGCUCCAAUUACCAAGGCAAGUUUUCCCGGCGUCGUCCUUCCGAUUCCGUCAGCCACUCAAGAGGCGUUUGGAAUCGUUGUAGUUCAACGCGAUAUUGGCAUGGCAUACGAUGGAAGAAGUUUUCGAGAGGCGCUUCCUGCACUAGAUUGCCGACUCCUGACACACUCGUCCGAAAUUCUCCGUGCAUCCCUAUCAUCCCUAUGCGAAAUCCGCCUUUUGGGUUCACCCCGAAUUCUACGUUCCCCAUGGAGAAAAAGUGUAUUGUCGAUCGUCGUGUGUGCAUGCUGUGCCACAAAACAGGCGAUGCACCCAACGAGGUAUCUGGUCGUUUGUUGCACUAUGAUUACAACAAGUGGUUACAUUUGAAUUGUAUUCUUUGGUGUUAUGACACUUACGAAACGGUUAGUGGUAGUUUAGUACAAGUUUCUCGUGCUCUUGAGAAGGCCGAACGGACACUUUGUGCACAUUGUGGUUCCACUGGUGCUGGCUUGCCAUGCUUUUACUCCGAUUGUCAAGCCAUCUACCACGUUCCAUGUGCUCAUUCGAUCGGCUGUUCAUUUCACGCCGAUCGUGGUAUGUACUGUCCUCUGCAUAGGGAAGCUGCGAACAAAUUGUGCCAGCUAAAUUCGCUGUCUGUGGAGCGCCGCGUUUUUAUUAGUCGGGAUGAAAGCUCGCAACUUGCGGGUGUCAUUUUGCAGGUCAACCAGCAAAACGAACCUUCAGUUCGCUUGCACGGCGAAGAUUCCUUCGUGAAGCUGCGUGUUGGUGGUCUCAUCCUGCACAGUGUCGGUCAACUUUUACCGGAACAUCUUAGUGGUACUUCGUUUCACUCAGCAGAGUUUAUCUACCCAGUAGGAUACUCCAGUACUCGUAUCUACUGGUCUUAUCGACAUGUUAGACGACGUUGUCUCUAUCAUUGCCGCAUCGAAGACAGUUUAUCCAAAACCGGUGACCCAGUUUCAUCAUUCAAUCUGUAUCCAAAGUUUGUUGUGCAAGUAGACGAAAGGGAUGAGCCACUUGAAGUUUUUGAGGAUACAAGUUGUGAUGGUGUUUGGCAACAAAUACUUACGCGGAUUAAUCAAGCACGACGGUUGUCAGGGUUAAGCCAUCUUCGUAUUAUCCAAAGUCAGCUUCGUGGUGAGCUUUUGUUUGGGCUUGCAGAACCACAUAUAGUCCGAGCUAUAGAGUCCCUUCCCGGGGUUGACCGACUGAGCACAUAUAUCUUCAAAUUCGGUCGGCUGCAGUUGUUCAAAGAGAUGCCACUAGCUAUUAACCCCACAGGAUGUGCACGGUCUGAACCGAAACUCCGUACCCAUGUUCGCCGUCGGCCCACUGGGGAUGCAUCUCAACAUGGUCAGUUUCGGAAUGCCGCGAUUGCUAACCCGAUGUCCACCUCAGUUCGAUCUGGUCUCAGCAGUCCUGUGUAUUCAACAUCAGCAUCGUUUCUUAGCGUGAGCAAAUCCCAACAGUACCGUCGCCUGCGGUUAGAAUGGAGGUACAAUGUUAUACUAGCUCGAUCGCAAAUUCAAGGUCUGGGUCUCUAUGCGGCUCGCAACCUCAGUAAACAUGCAUUUAUUAUCGAAUACCUCGGGGAACUCAUCCGUAAUGAAGUGGGAAAUCGCCGUGAACGACUAUAUGAACUACAGAGUCGCGGAAUCUAUAUGUUCCGAGUAGAUGAAGACAGUAUUGUAGACGCAACUAUGUGUGGUGGUCUGGCCCGUUAUAUUAAUCACUCUUGUGAACCAAACUGUACAGCAGAAGUCCUAAACUGUGAAAGUGGCAGUCAUAUCAUAAUAAUAGCUUCUCGGGAUAUUGAGAAAGGCGAUAUCGUUCUCGUCUUCGAAGAGGAGGGGAAGGCGCAGUUGUUUUUGGAUGAAGUAACCAGUCACCCCGAUCUUUGACCCAACAUGCCGGAUUUAGACAGCAAAAAUGCAAAGACGAACACAAAGAGUACUUCAAUCUUGAAAUCAUCAACCACUCCGACUGUAAAGUCCUCCCGGACUUGUGUUACGAAGAAAAAUAGCGAUACGAAGCGUUCUCCGGGAAAAGCCUCAUCUCGAAGUCCUCCUAGACGACGUCAACGUCGAAGAAGUCACUCUUCGGAAUCCCGAUCGUCAGAUUCGUCGUCUGAUUCUGAUUCUGCUGAUUCGUUUAACUAUGACAGUUCACAGUCUUCUAAGCAGUCACCGAAAAAAAUUGCUCGGAUCAAAGCACGGACGACGGUCGCCGAACUCCUGGACAACCGCGGAAACAUCAACGGAAUGCUCGGAAAAGAAGAAAUGUGUGAACUACUAGACCUGUACUUGACAACCUACUUUGAGUUCAAUGGAGAAUAUUACGAACAGAUCAAAGGAGCGCCAAUGGGGUCACCAAUCUCUGGACUCAUCGCGGAAAUUACAAUGCAGAAACUGGAGCGAAUCACACUACCAGAUAUCAAACCGAAAAUAUGGGUGCGAUAUGUGGACGACACAUUCGCUGUUAUAAAGACAAAUGAACUAGUACGAGCGGAAGAACUGCUGAACAACGUGUUUCCCGACAUCCAAUUCACAAUGGAAACUGAGGAGAACAACAAAUUGGCGUUCCUAGAUGUGCUCGUAACAAGGACAACAAACGGCCAACUACAAACUGAACAACCAUCCGAACUGUCACAAGCGGAGCUGUGUUCGAACUCUAUUCAAGCGGAUAGAGACACAUUGCAACACAACAGAGGCGAAGACUCUUCGAGACAUUCCGAAAUAACGGCUAGCCGAGGAAUUUCAUAUGGAGAUAAAAAAGCAUCCGAGCAUGCGAAACCUGCUAAUCGUCCCCUUGAGUGCUUGACCAAAAAAGAAAAUACUUCAGUCCUCAAAGGUAAAUCUUUGGACAAUCGAGCAUCGCGCGAACACAUAAGAAAACCCGUAGUUUCAUCGAGAGGUGGUACAAAACGGGCCGAAAACACAUCACGUUCAAUAGCUCCAGCAACUUUGCAUGAAUCUCAAAGUUUGAAUGCGAUGCCCGCAAAGCAUCUGACGACCCCUACGGUUGACGGCUCUCUGGACAAUCCGCUCUUACAACAAAGUGACGCUUCUGCCAAACAGCCACCCAGAAACUCCAAAAACGAUGAGGUGAUCGUGGAGAAGCUGGUAAAGGAACGCAGCAAGUCACCUAGCGUGUUACCGCCCUUUACUCGUAUAUUGGUGGAAAAACUUACAAGAAACGUCAACAAGGCCCACAUCACUGAAAUAUUCUCAGUUUGGGGAAAAAUUCACAGCGUUGAUAUGCCUCCCGAUCGUCUACAUCCGGAGUUCAGUCGCAGUUAUGCCUACGUUACCUUUGAAAACCCUAGUUCUGCUGCGGAUGCUGUUAAUUUUAUGAAUGGUGGGCAGAUCGACGGUGAAGUAGUGCGCGUGACUGAAGUGUUAUCACGUGCCUCUCUAGUAGUCCGUGGUGAAGGUGCUGUCACUACUGAUGAUAAAAUCCGGUCCUUGUUUUUCCUAGUACAUCGUGCAAUGUGGCUUGCUCCGCUUGAACAACGAUCUUUUACCAUAGCCUUCUCAGAGUUUUUCAUGGUCUCCUUUAAUUUCAAAAGCAUGCGUUACUGUUGUUUCUGUUCCAGUGAUCGUGAGCGGGAUACGGCAAAACGGGAAUCUGAUCGACCAGGGGGCAUAUCCCGGAUGACGAAACAGGAUAACGUCACAGUGCCUCGCCGCUCAGGGGAAUCCGAUGAACACUCACGGGAGCGGGAUCGUCCAAGCGACGAAGUGGCGCGUCGGCGGGAACGGCAGCGUGAGCACGAAAGGGAUCGUGAUCGUGAAAGAGACAGACAUCGUGAGCGGGAUCGUUCGCGAGAGCGCGAGCGACAGAGAGAAGAUAGGGUCAGGCGUACCAGAAGGGGUAGCAGCGGUAGUCCUUUCGCUAGUCGCAGCGGUCCACCUGCUAACCGUCAGAGGUCACCUGGCGGAUUGCGUUACCGUCGCCCUAGUCCUCCUGCGUCUCGUAUGGAUACAAGCGCUACUCGUCGUCCACGUUCACGGAGUCCCAUAGCUAAGCCUAAUCAAACCUCGAAGGUAACAGCGGACGGCAAACCCUCGUCAGCUCGUCGCGACCGCGAAGCCAGUUCUCGUUCCUCCUCUUCGUCCUCCUCGGAUUCAGAUUCAUCGAAUUCCUCGUCUUCUAGUUCGCGUUCUGGAUCCAGCUCUUCAUCGAGUUCAAGCUCUAGUCGCUCCCGUUCCUAAUUAACACUUUUCUGCACGUAUCACCGGUUUUCAGCUUUCGUCCGAAACAUUUCUGACAUUUUUUCAAUCCAUUGGGCGUUUAAAUCUAAAAAUCGAUUACAU